AUGAUAAAUAUUUUGAGGUCAAUUGUUGAUCAGUCUCCACUGAAAAAAUUGGAGGAAACUAUGGUACUGAAAAAAAAUGAGCGAAAGAAAAGAUUUUGCAAUAGGAAAAAUAUAUUUAGCUACAAUCAUGUUAGAUCCAUCCUCCUAAGGUCAUUAAUUGACUGCAGAAGAAAUAAUGGAUGUCAUAGAAGAGGUAUCUGUGACACAAAUAUACUAGCAGACAUUGCAAUUAAGAUUAUGAGUGCACCUGUAACUUCUGCUGCUAUUGAACGAUCCUUUAGCACUUUCAGCUGGAUCCAUAGCAAAAAAAGAAAUCGAUUGAGUACAGAAAGAGCUGUCAAAAUUACUUAG